AUGGCUAUUACUCCUGGAGGCAUGGAGGAGUGCGCUUGCCUCUGGGUCAUUGGAUCUUUGCAGGGAUGUCGGUGUCCUCAGAAGCGCCAGCGCCCAGCUGAGAGGACAGGGGCCGAUGGCAAGCGGUGUCGUCAGGAGUGCCAGGGCCCAGCUGAGAGGGCAGCAGCCUAUGGCAAGCCGGCCCCGGCCCCUGCAGAAAAGCACAUGGAGGCUGACAGGGCAGUGGGGUGCUGUGCGGGGAGUGAAGGAAUGGCUAAUCCCAUACCGCCCUCGCCGCCUCCACAUGGCUUACUGCAGGACCUGCCGGUGGAGAUGCUGGUGGAGAUCUUCUCCUCGCUCCCCGGCACCGAUCUGCCCAACCUGGCCCUGGCCUGCACCAAAUUCCACCACAUCCUGCAAACCGACAGCAUCUGGAGACAGCGCUGCCGCGAGGAGUUUGGCCUUUGUGAAAACUUGCAGAAUCUGGAGACAAUAAGUAUGUCUUAUCGAGAAGUCUAUGCGAAGCUGUUCCACCCAUACAGACACAUUUUGGGAUUGUGGCAGCUAGAUACUGAGGGCUAUAGAACACUGCUGAAUGUCGUGGUGGACGGCUUAUGCAUUACUGGUUGGAAAAAUGGGCCUUGGCUUAACACCGAUGUGGAUGGCUCAAUGCAAUUCAAGCCCGCGUUCAGAAUUCGCCUGACGGAGAGGACAUCAGCCACGGUGGAGUGCAUGGAAGGCCGCCACUGCAGGCCUCACAACCGCCACGUGCAGAUUCAGAAGGACAGGUUCACCACCCAGUGCAACAAAACAGACCACCUAAAGGAUUUACCGACGUGGCUUAUGGAUGAAUGGGGUCAGUUGCUCAUUCAUGAGGACAGACAGCAGUAUGACUGCCUGACCUACCGCCGCCUCUACCUCCCGCCGAGCCACCCGGAUGAUGACCUCAUCAGGCCAGGCCUCUUCCAAGCCAACUGCAAUGUCUUCGGCCUAUCGAUUGCCAUGCUCAGCUUCCAUGGGAAGUAUGCCAGGCUCACGAAGGUCACGGGAGACUCCAACCCCAGUUUAGAGGUCCACCUCAUGCGCCGCAUCCAGCUGCCAAAUGGCGAGAUGUUCAGCAACUUCAAUGAGCUCUCCCGCGUGGUCCAGGAGAUUGACGAGCAGGUGAUCCGGGAGCAGGAGCAGCAGCAGCAGAUGUGUUUCUAUGCUGUGGACACUGUUACUUUUACUGUUUCCUUACAUGGCUUCGCCUGCACAGGGCGCUUCCCUGGAGUCUUCAUCCUGUUCGAUGAGAAAACAGACCACCUAAAGGAUUUACCGACGUGGCUUAUGGAUGAAUGGGGUCAGUUGCUCAUUCAUGAGGACAGACAGCAGUAUGACUGCCUGCCCUACCGCCGCCUCUACCUCCCGCCGAGCCACCCUGAUGACCUCGUCAGGCCAGGCCUCUUCCAAGCCAACUGCAAUGUCUUCGGCCUAUCGAUUGCCAUGCUCAGCUUCCAUGGGAAGUAUGCCAGGCUCACGAAGGUCACGGGAGACUCCAACCCCAGUUUAGAGGUCCACCUCAUGCGCCGCAUCCAGCUGCCAAAUGGCGAGAUGUUCAGCAACUUCAAUGAGCUCUCCCGCGUGGUCCAGGAGAUUGACGAGCAGGUCAGAUCAUAUGAAAUUGCUGCUUUGUGGAUCAACCAUGGAGUUAAAGGUCCACACAACUGGACUGAAGGCCAGGAAGGCUUCUUUCAGAAAUCUCAGUGUGCGAGGAUUGCAGGUAAGUCACCACCAAAGGACUGCAGCAUCAAAGUGGCUGAAACUCGGGAAGAUGUCAAAAUGCCAAAGGUAAAACCUUACCUGUACAUCUGCCUGAAGUCUGUCUAG